AAUACUUGUCGUUAAACAAACGACAAACGAGAGAAAGAGAGAAAGACAUGAGUGAAAAAGCAGUACAAUCUAGCGUUUCCCUGGAGAUUUUAAGAUCCUGGUGGGAGAUCCCUGCAGUAGCCCAUUAUUGUCAGCUGUUUCGUGAUGUUUUUGUUAUCUCGGCUUUUGAAAUCGAGGUACUCGAGGAAGCUUUGCUGGCUGAAAACUGGGAGUUUUUAGAAGUGCUUCUAUUGCAUCUUCUCAAAGGGUGCUAUCAGCGCCAGGAUAUAUGUAGCGAAAACUUCCACUCGUACCUGAAGGAUAUUGUGUGGUAUCGCUGGGAGCUGGAAGAUGGGCUGGUUAACCCGCUGCAGGAGAAAAGUUUCAGAGAUCUCUCUGCAAAGUCUAUCGUGCAGAUACUGCUCAGGCUCUGUGUGUACCGAAUGGACGCUCCUGAUGUCACUGAUCAAUUAAAGGCAUUUGCAGCAGACAGCUUGCGUGUCGACCCCGUUGGUGAAGACAGAAAUGGCACCCUGUACUGGUACUUCUGUGAAACUAGACUGUACAAGGAAGAGCCUCCACUGAACAGAGUAAAGCAGAAAAGAAGGACAAGCCUAGCCGAGACAGUGAAGAAAAAAAAGGAAUUUAUGAAGUCAAGGAAAUGCAAAGUGAAGACCUUAAGGCAAAAGGAUAGAGCACAAUAUUCAAAAAAGAGCAAAAAGAAAAAAACGGGAAGUAGGCUGAAGAAAAACGAAGACUGCCACAGACUUGAAGGGGGAGAAAAUGAGAGAUUUCCUGAGAUCAGUAAUAAGAGAAUGUUGACCCUGUGUGCACAAUCUGAGUAUAUGGGCACUUGGUCCCUUGUGUGUGAACGUUUGGAAGACUGGAAGGAUUUGGCCGCAACAUUCAGGGGAAGCGCGUAUCGGAGAGAGCAAGAACUCUACAAAACCUUCGUUCAGACUCUGAUUCCUCAAAUUGGACACUUAAGCACUCAGAAGAAAAAGAAAGAGGUACUCACCCAACCAAGAAGAAUGUCUGAGUGCAUUCAGAAAAAGCAGGAGACACAUGAAAAUAAUGUUCUGCUUUUAAAAACAAAAGAUGGUGGAAGAGGCAGCCGUGAAUGUAUUACCAAAGAGGAAAGUGCAGGACCUUUAAAGCAGAGAGAAAAUCCAACAGGAAAAGGUAAACCUCAAUGUACAAACCUAGUACCUGAAUUAUAUGUAUUUGACACAGUUCGCAUUUUGCAUCUGUCACUGACAGGGAAACUGAAAAAAUAUCAGAAACAGACUUCUGGUGUAUGCAAAGAGCCUUCUUCUGAGAAGAGAAAAAAAGAAGAGCACCUGGAUCUCCACAGUGAUUAUUCAGACAAUGAGGAAUACAUGUCCAUGUUCAAAGUUCUGGAAACAGUUAAGAACCAUGCGGACUCAUGGCCAUUUACAGAUCCUGUAAAGGAAGAUGUACCUGGCUACCACAAAAAUAUUAAGGCUCCGAUGGACCUUCUGACCAUUGAGGAUAAUCUCAUUCAUAAGCGAUACAAGACCACAGAUGACUUUGUAGCACAUUUUGGCCUGAUUUUUAAAGAGGAUGAGCUGUAUCCUGGGAAAAGCGAGUACACCCUGAUGGCAUCUUCUGUGAAACAGUGCUUCCACAAUGCCAUGCGGAAGUAUUUCCCUGAGGAGCAAUCAGACAGCGACGAAGAGGAGUUCACAAUGGACACGAUCAAAGGCAAACCAGAGAAGAGAAAGAGGCGCUCAACACCAAAGAAGGCUGCAGAAAGGAAUGUGUUAAAAUUGCUAGAUGAAGAAGUCAAUCCCAGGAGAUAUCACAAAAAAAUAUACAAAAAGGAUGUUGCAGAGCUUUGUGUCCAAAGACAGAUCCAAGCAGCUGCGCCAACAGCAUACCAAUUUAUUCACACAACAAAGCAACCCAGCUUAAUUGCACCAUCUCCCUGCUAUGUUAACAGACCACAGAAUGUGACAAUGUUGCCACAUUCUCCAAUGAUGCCUUUACUACAAACUCCCAGUCAAGAGUCAUUGAGUCAAGCACCAUUUCCAACUUCAAAGGUCUUUUACCCCAAUAACCUCUUUCCAGUGCAGUGGCAGAGCUCCAUCUCUGGAUCUGUUCUACCAUAUGCUUGGGCAGUGACUUAUUUUAUUCCAGCCUUCCCACAACCUGCACCAUACCUGGGAACACUGGAACGGGCAAAUCAAGAAGGAGAAAAACAGCACAAAACAACUCCUGUUGUCUUUGAAUUCAUACCACAGCUUCCCAAUAUCUUACAAAAGAUGGAGAUGCCUUAUUCAUGUGACGUUGUACCAUGUAAGACCUCUCCAACACAUGAACCCACUUUGGAAGGUAUAUCAAUUUGUAAUGGAAAUGCCACAAUGGGAGUCGGCAAACAUAAUGUCACAGAGUAGCAACAGAUAAGAAAAGUGCCCCCUAGUGAUAUGAGCUGUCUACACAGAGCCUCGCAGUCAGCAGGUGCCGCAGAUACAGCAACUAGUGAAGAUUAUAGUGAAAGCAGCUCUUGAAUUCAGUGUCACUGAACAAGAAGACUUGACUUCCUCUCUGAAGAUGAAAAAAAACCGAAGAUAGCAAUCUGCCUGGGCAAAAGAGCAAUGAAGACCAAACUGCUGAAGAAGCCCAGAGGAAAAAGCAUAGAAAUCUCUCUAUGAAUGCUGGGAAAAGUCAGCAACCCUCAAAUGACACAGAAAGGCAAAAUGUUAGAACUAGAGUUACUGAAAUGCUCAUCUUAAUUCUGGUGUUAAGGAAGAAGAUGAUUUAAGUAUGUUAGUAAAUAGCAUGUUAGUCAAAACAUGAAAUAAAUGGCUCAUAAUUUAAGGUAA